GCCUUCACCACGCCCUCGUCGCCGGCCCAUGAUAACUCGCCUCCCCCAGCCUCCUCUUUCUUUGCUUCGACUUACUUUUCUUACCUCUCUUAUUUCUCCAAAGCCUUCUUUCGCACUCUCGUGUAUAUCCUAUCCGGAGCUGGAAUUUCUUCCACGAAUCCCUGUUUCUGCGCGAAUCGCAUCCUUUCGAGGACUUUGCUUCCAAACUUGCGCUCGCCAAUCAGCGUGACUCCGCACGCAUUGGAUAAUCGGGUGACGAAGGCACCACCGCCUGUGCCCGUUUGCGAGGCCCUCGCCGUCACAGAGUCGACCACCACCUACAAAGUCAGUGUGUGAUCUAGUACACCGCUGCGAGACAAGAUGCUCGGAGGGCUGCUCUUUUGCUUCUGGAGAUUCGUGGAGAUUGUCACAUUAAUUCCUGUCAUUGGCAUGCUGGCAUGGUUCGUCGACGGCUUCGAUGACAACAACCAAUUGACUCCGUCCUUCAUCCUGACGUUGUUCAUUGUCUCGGUCCUGGCCUGCGCUUGGGCCCUGGUGACCCUCCUCCGUCUCGGCUCAACCCGUCGGUCUGCCCUCUUCGUCGCAUUCGUCGAUCUUUGCUUCGUGGGCGCUUUCAUCGCCGCCGAUGUCGAACUCAGAGGCAUCGACGACGCCGACUGCUCCAACUUCACGUCCGGGUCCAUCUUCAUCAACCUCGGUCCCUUUGGCUACUACGGACGGAAUAGCGGUUCGUCAUGGGCGUUACAUCUCAACAAGAAUUGCUCGAUGCUGAAGGCCUCCUGGGCCUUGGGCAUCAUGAAUACCAUCCUCUUCUUCUUCACUUUCGUCCUGGCUCUCUUCCUCCACCGGCACGAGAGGGUGGUCGUCACAAAGGAGGUCAGGCGAUCGCGCCACAGCAGCCGACGAGGGCACUCUCGUUCUGGAUCGAGAAGGAGCAGCAGCCGCCACCGAUACGUCGUUUGAGGGCAAUAGACAGGUUCCAACUCUUGUGCAACUGAUAACGAUCGACGCGAGUCACAGAAGAGGUGGACUGACUCCAAAACUAAAACUCACGAAUCUCCUUCUUUAUUUUGCUGCCAAUAUAGGCCGGAGGGGACUCGGCCGCUUGGGUUAUUUCGAUGUAUUAGCGAUGCAGCGGGCUGGUUUUGCGGGCGGAUCGCUUGGAUGCUCAGACGACGCUAUUCGCGAGGGUAUUGAUGACGGCGGCAAUGAGGCAGCGGAAGGGGGCCAGGAAAGUGCACAGCAUUUCUCUCUCGCGAGGCGGAAAUAGUUAACAAUAAGAAAGAGAAUUUAAAAUUAAGGAACUUCGCCAUGUUGGAUGUUUGCACCCUAUAUCGUCAGUGAGCCCUGUGUACCGAGUGCUCCGUA